CUUACAGUUAGACAUUUGAUUUUCGCGUGAACGUUUCUCACUUUGCGUAAGCGCAAAAUCUCAAACAUUUAAUAAGAACAAUUAAGUUACUAUAAACCAAACAAAACAAAAUGUCCAAAAAGCUUCCCAUGAUUUCCGUUACCAAAGACGAUCAGUCGGAAUCAUCUGAAGAUUCUAAUAGCAAUGAUAUGGAUUACAAUUAUAAUGCUGGCGAUGCCACAGAUAUUGAAGAUUUUGACAGCCAAGGAGAUAUAAAAAAUUUAACAAAUUCCAAAGCUUCCAUCAAUACAAUCAGUAUACCGCAACAUACAAAGCAUGACAAUGAUGCCACUGACAUCGAAGAUUAUAAUGACACCGACUCUGAAGAGGAUGAUAAUAGCAACGUUUAUCCCGUAUUAAAGUUAUCACUGCAAGAAUUCCUGCAACAUGGGUUGCGCGAACAAAGUAUGAUCGACAAUGAGGCUAAUGAGAGAGUGGAAAACAAGAGUGGCAAUUUCUUACAAGCUCAAAAUUUGAAUGAAAUAAGUGAUUACUUAACAGAUUGUGAAGAUUAUAAUACUGAUUCUGAGCUGGAGAAUGGCUGCGAGAAAUCAGUGUGUUUUGAUUUAGAUACAGCUGUAAAUGACCAGGGAAAAGUAUGCAUUGCCGAUCAUACGCUGCCCUCCAAUGAAAAUGAGAAUUCUGAUGAAUACGAGGACUUAUCCGCAAUGAGUGAUGUUAGCGAAAUCGCAUCAGGACUGUCAGAUGUAGCUGGCACUAGUGCACGUCGUAUAUCCGAAUGUGAAGUACUCGAGUUGUCGGGCGAGGAAGAGGAGUGCCAAAUCGUUCUUUCAGAUUCCGCUUCUGAAAAUGACGAAGACGACAUUAUAUACGAUAGUGCUAGCAAUGCAAGCUUACCGCCAAUAGAUGUUGCAUUCAUCAGCACUGGUAGCCAGCAGCGUAGAAAAUCAACAACUAUGUCUGCGAAUAAGAAUGCAUUCUUAACGGUGGCGGGAGAGAGAGCGCAUACAGAGGAGGCCUUAACAGAUGUUGAAAAAUUUGACGAUUCUACUGCUGAAGACUGUUUCGAUAGUGAGGAAGAAGAGAAACCUAUACCCAGAGCAGUUGUACUGACCGCUGCUGGCGAUGAUAGUGGCGACUUGACAGACGAGGAGGACAUCUUUUACGAUGAUGUGACACAAUCAACACCCGAUAUACCCUCAAUGUCUGAUGCUGUGAUACCACCACCACAUCGCGAAAUGGUCGUGCUGAAAGAAAAUCAAUUUGGUGACAUCAUUGAAAAUGUUAUGCCAAUGGAUCGUGAACAUCAGUUUGGCAUUUAUAACGCAAUAGCAGAUGAUGUACAAACAGAAGAUGAAGAAUACUCAUGCGCUGACGAUUUUGAACAAAAUAGCUCAGUGGCGGAAUGUUUGAAUGCCGAAACUUUAAUUGAAGGUGAAGUCAUUGUGCUAAAUGAGACUUUGAAACCACAGCCUAGUAAGCGCCUUGAAUUGCAUUCCAACACUGAAUCGGUAACAGAUGUUGAAGAAAUCUAUGUUGAUGGCACAAAUAGACGUAAGAAGUUGAAAGCACGCACCGUGAGCAAGGGGAAAAUAAAAUUAUUAGAUGUUGCAAGGGGCAAUGAAGACGGUGGCACUGACAUUGAAGACAUGGAACUCAGUGAGCGUGGAUUACCGUCAAAUGUGAAGUUGAAUGCCAAUGAAAGGCAACCGCAAGACGCCAGCUUCGAUAAGAACACCGACAUAGAGGAUAUCAGCGUUGAUGAGGUUUCUGAUAUGUCCGAUACAGAAGCUAAGUGCGAUACCGAUGUGGGUUGUUCAACUUUAAAGGACUAUAUAGUGAGUAAUAGGAAUAUUGUGGUAACAAUAGAGACAGAUGGUCAACGAAAAUCGAGUAAAAAUCAUGUACAACGUUGCAAAAUACAAACUUUAGCUCUACACGAUACUAGCGCUGGUGGUGGCACUAAUCCACCGAAUACAGAUGUUGAAGAUUUGCAGUGUCCAUCUGAUAUUGAUGAUGCUAGUGGCGAUAAUGUUGCAGUCGAAGCGCCUGCUUGCAAUUGUAACGAUUUAACUGAGUUACUAAAUGAAAGUUACACUGUGGUGCACGAGAAGAACAGCAACAGCUUCAAUAUUGAGGCUGAGAAAUUGCACAUCAAGUGUAAUGCAGAGACACGUGAUGCUCAUACGGAUAUUGAGUAUGUUGAAUCCGAUGAAUCGGCAGCCAGAGGAAGCAAUUAAAUCAGUUACUCAAACAAUUAAUACAAACACAUUCCAUCAGGCAACGAACACAAAUACAAAAAUCCAAACAAACAAAAAUCAAAAAACAAAAAAAAAAAAAGAAAAAAGCGUAACCAAAUUAACAUAUCUUAAACCAUAGAAGAAAAACUCAUCUUAGAUGAAGAUUCUUUCAGAACUUUUGAUUUAAAUAAAUAAAUGCAAACUCAUGUUUCGGUAAUGGUGAACGGACGUGCUGAAAUACUUGGAGAUUUCGAAAAAACGUAUAUAUACUACACAAACAUUCCCUAUACUUAGUAAAUGAUAUAUUGAAUUUUAAUAUUAUCGGCGCAUCGAAAUUUAUGAAAUACACAUUAAACCAUGGACCAAUUCCAGUCUACUUAGAACACGACUUUUAGCAAAAAACAAAAACAAAAAAUAAGCAUUACAAAAAAAUUAUUAAUCCACACAAACACAAGCAUACGUGUUUGGCGUUAUUGUUAAAGAGACAAAAUACCCAGUAUAAUUUGGUCUAAAAAAUCUACCCGUUAUGUGUCUAUUAUCUAUUAAAUGUAACUUCUCCCCGUUGAUUGGCUUUAAAUUUUUAAAACUAAUUAUUAACUAAGAUUCAGAAAAAUGUACGUGAGUAUUUCGUUAUGUUAAUUGUGUGAACUUUUCUAAGAACUAAACAAGAUUUUCUACAUUGCUUUUAAUUACAAAAAUUGUGUAACCCGGUACAUGAUAUUAUUAGUAUGGAAAGCUAGCCAGGCAGUAGCAAUAAUGAUGGGUGUAAAGAAUUUAAUAUUUUUUAAAAAUUAUUUAAAUAUGUUAGUCAUUCGUAUGUAAUUUAGUUUAAGCAGCUUCAAUGGGAUACAUGCAUAUACAUUUUAACAUGUAUGAUGCCUUAACAAAAAUGCAUAAAAAAAGUUACAAAAAAAAAUAUAAUAUAUAUAUAUGUAUAUCUUUUUUCAUUUUUUAAUCCAAAGGAGCAAAUAAAGCGUAAGCAUUUUAAUAAUUUAUAUUUAAUAUUUACAUUGAAAUAACUUAAGUAUUGAAAAUAUGAAUGUAAUAAAGCACAUGCAUACAUACUUAUGCAAAGCAACAAACAGGCAUACCAAAAGCAUGUAUUUCCAAUUAAUCUUAGUCAAACUUAUUGCAAAAAUAAUACAUAUUGACAUGAAAUGUAUUUCCUAUCGAUGCAUGGGAGGACACAAUACACACAUACAUACAUAUUUGUAAUGCAACACACAUGCCUACGAUUAACCGAAUAAAAUGCUUAAACAUAUAAAAUAACCAAA